AUGUUUGACCUUUUCUCCUUCUCGUUUCAGCUUGUUUUCAUUUCAUGUUGGCUUGUUUGGUUUUUCUGCAUGCAGCAGACUUCCUGUUGACCCCAAAAAGCUCUCUGUUCUUAUUGAUUGGGUGCAACUCGACCCCAACUGGCGAAAGAAGGUGAAGGGUUCUUCAUGUCACUGGUACUACAUACUACUAACUCCUCAAAAAUGGCUGAUUGACACGCACAUGGAUGCUGGGAUUAAUCUCUUAAGACUCCGGUACACGAAGCACCCAGAAUGGUUUAGGUCGGACAGAAUUUGCCUGCUGGAUACUGCGUUCACUCAAAUUUGGUCAGCAAAGUACAAAGAGUUUUUGAACUCUCCUGCCAAUCCCGACGGCUCAGGUAAACUGCUCCCGUCCGGGGCCUUAUACUACUACACUGGCGAGCACCCAGCUUAUUGCAGAUCAGACAAAACAUGGGUGCUAGAGAUUGAUGAUAUAUAUGUGCCAUUGUUUAUCAACGAGGAUCAUUGGGUAGCUUGUUGGAUAUCAAUCCCGAGGAGACACAUAGUGAUUUGGGACAGUUUUGUUGGUCACACCGACGAUAAGGAAAUUGCCGAGGCUGUGAAGCCUAUUGCGCACAUGCUGCCGUACAUGCUGCAUAUGCUAUCUCGCGGUGAGGACAGGGAGUUGUACACGGUUGAUUUCACACAUGAGAGGGUCCCAGCAACCGAGACACCACAGAAUGUACAAAGUGGUGAUUGUGGAGUGUACUGUUUGAAGUACAUAGAAUGUCAUGCACUUGGCUUGGCAUUCCCGUUUCAUGACUUCUGUGAUAAGAAUGUGAAACAAAUUAGGGCGAAAAACUAG